AUGUUUUUGAUGGGGAGUUUGAAUGUGGUAAUCGUAGGACCAAAUGAUAAACCGAUUUAUCAAAUCGAUUUAAUCACUUCUAAAACUUCAAUUUCUUCAUCCGUACCACCAUCUAAACUAAAAAACCAUUUAAUUUAUUCUUUAUUUGAAAAUUUAAAUCCAAACACUAUCACAACAACUACUACUACUGCUACAACUGAAUCAAAGGAAUCAGAAUUGAAGGAAUUGAAAGGAAAUGAAGUAUCAAAUCCAUUAAGUUAUUCUAAGAAAAACUCGAAUCAAGGUCGAGACGUUUUAGAAUUAAUCGUGAAUGCUUCUUUAGAUGAUUUGAAUCAUUUGAUUUGGAAUUCUAAAUCAAUGUAUUUAAAGAACUUAGAUCAAUUCCAUCAAUGGUCAAUUUCAGCUUUAGUUCCAGCUGGUGGUAUCAGAUUAAUUCUUUUACACGAAAUCAAAAAUGAUGAUGGAAUUCGUCAUUUUUUCCUAGAAGUUUGGGAAUUAAUCGUCAAUAUUCAAUUAUCACCUUUCUAUAAAUUAAAUUCAACAAUUCGUUCAAAUCAAUUUGAUACAAAACUUAAAUUAAGUGCUCGUAAACAUUUAUAA